UAACGGCCAGACUCGGACGCUUCACGUCAGUCGACCGGACAGACGCGGACCAAAAACCAACAGACGAGACUCGGUAGCUGAAGGCAGUCAAGAGAAAUGUCUUUUAUAUUUGACUGGAUCUACAGGGGCUUCAGCAGCGUCUUGCAACUAUUAGGGUUGUACAAGAAAACCGGCAAGCUGGUCUUCCUCGGACUAGACAAUGCUGGAAAAACAACACUCCUCCAGAUGCUCAGAGAUGAUAGGCUGGGACAGCAUAUGCCAACACUAUACCCAACGUCUGAGGAGCUGACCAUAGCUGGAAUGACCUUUACAACAUUUGACCUCGGAGGUCAUACACAAGCACGAAGGAUCUGGAAGAACUACUUCCCAGCCAUAAAUGGAAUAGUCUACUUGGUAGAUUGUGCUGAUCAUGAGCGACUACAAGAGGCUAAAGUUGAACUAGAUGCUCUGUUAACAGAUGAAACCAUCUCAAACAUCCCCGUUCUUAUACUGGGGAAUAAGAUAGAUCGCCCAGAGGCCAUCAGUGAGGAUGCACUCAGAGGAAUGUUUGGUCUUCAUGGACAUACAACUGGAAAGGGCACUGUGUCACUGAAGGAGCUGAAUUUGAGGCCAAUGGAGGUUUUUAUGUGUAGCGUGCUGAAGAGACAGGGAUAUGGAGAUGGUUUCCGCUGGCUCUCCCAGUAUAUUGACUGAUUGAUGUUCUUUGAUUAGCCUUUUGUUAGUUAUCUGUGCACACAAAGACCUGUUCCACACAAAACUACCUGCAGUAGAGAGAUAUUUUAUUAAAUAUACUAUAUGUAGGACUUUGACUGCCAGUAAGAAAUGCGUUUUAAGUAGUUUUUGUAUCAGUAUACCCUGUAUUCUUAAUGCGUUCAAAGAUAUCUGUAUGUCAUACCAGAGAAGGUCAAAGAUAAGUUGUGAAUCCUCAGUCUGUAUUAUUCAGAGUGUGGAGAAAACUAUUUUUCAAUACUGUAGUUUCUACUUUUACUUAAAGCCUGAAGGAAAUUUUGUUCUCCAUAUAGAACAUGCCAUCGCUGUGAACCAGUUUCUGACCCAGGUUUAUUUUUAGCUGCUGGUGUUGCCUUACAGUGAAGGUCAAUUUAGUUGACAUUGUGGCCUUGAGUUAGUCUUCUUUGACUUAGGAUAAAACAUUUUCUCUUGGCAAAGAUGGGAAUCUUAAACUACCAUCAGUUGUUUUCAAGAAGAAAAUAGUUUUUUUUUGGAAAGUGCUGCAAAACUUUGGUGCCAUGUUUGUUCAUGUCAGUACAGUAGCCUUCUACCUCCAAGGAUACUGACAGUUCUUUUGAUAGCACGUUUUCUGUUUUUUCUCAAAUCCAUGAAACGUUUACAACUACAGGACAAUUAUAUGAAUGUGACCACAAGUGCAUUACCUGAGUUUUUGUCAUAAGGAGCUUUAUUUAAGCAUACACUAUGUUAAAUAAUUAAAUAACAACGGCACAGCCAGGUGAUGUAACAAACUCAUACUACUUGUCUGCAGAGAGGAUGCAAACCUACCUGUCUCCAUGAUGGGUAAUUGCUGUGAAAUGACUUGAGUACUUUGUGAUUAGUUGCUGCUCAGAACACGCAGCGAUAUUAUGAGAGUACUUGGGUAGUGCUUAAAAAACUGUGUAUGCACAACAUAUGCAUGAAAUUACCUUGCAGUAUUAUAUAUUGUUUUGUGUAUAAGAUCUUAUUUAUAUUUUCCAGUAAAACUGGCUUGCCUUAUUCUGCAUCAAGCAUUGAUAAAGGUGUAAAAGAUACGUCAUAUUCUUUUUGGACAUGAUGUGUGAAGUUUUAGCAUAAUAAAUAUUUUUGACAAUCAUUUAAA